UUUUUUUCUGCGGCAGGUUGGAUUUUACUUUUGGGUUAUCAACGAUCAGCAGUGACACAUGACCAAGAAUUGAUUCGGCUUAGACUGUUGGACGUGUUAUGGCUUGUCAAGUACACCCGGCUUGUGUAGUUUUCCCUAGGGAAUGUUAAUAGUGUUUAAUUUGGACUAGUUUUUCGUUAAUGUGGUAACGUAUCUGUGAAGAAAGAACUACAUUGAACUGUAUUUGCGCCACACUUUCGUUUCUUCCCAUUAAGGUUAUGAAUUCCAACUUACUGUGUUGAAUGCUUUAUCGCUACACUUCCGUGCUGCCCAUUUACCAGUUAGACAAAGAACUGCACUUGAACAUUGUUAUUCAGUUUUAUUUUUAACAACCUGAAGGGCGUCCACAGUGGAGACAAAACACGUUACACUAAUCUAUGGGCAUGGACAAGAUGCCACAACGACGCAGUCGUAGCAAGGAAAAGGAAAGAGAGCGUCGUGAGAGACCAUGUAGGUCUCGCCAUAACUCUAAAGAGAGAAAGACCAUGGAAAGAAGAAAGUUAACAGACUUGAAAGAACGGUCUCGCAGCAGAAGCCGAGAGCGAGAGAGGCAUCGGUACAGGGACCGAAAACGCACACCUACCCAACCUAGCAUCAUGAAGGAAAAGGAGGAACCCAAGAAGGAACCAUUAUCACUCGAGGAGCUGCUUGCCAAAAAACAGGCUGAAGAGGCAGCUCGCAGCAAGCCCAAAUUUCUGACAAAGGAAGAACGUGCAGCUGAGGCUUUGAGAAAACAGCAACAAGAGGAAGAAGAGAUACGACAUAAGAUGGAAGAAGAAGAAAAGAAAAAGUGGACUGAAUUUUACAAGGAGGCCAAAAAGGCAUUUGAUGAUUUGUGCAAGGCAGACAAAGAUCAGGAUCGGGACAAAGAUGGCUUUAGGAGGUGGGACAGAGAGCGUGAAAAUACAGAGAAAGAGGAGGACAGCCAGUACUCAAAGGACAAGCAGAAGGAAGUGGAGAUCAUAAGAGAGUGUUGUCUAAGACCAGUCGAGAAGAUAUGCCGUGUGCGUCGGCCCAAUGACCGCAAGUUUAUGUUUGACUGGGAUGCUUCAGAGGACACAUCUAUCGACUAUAAUCCCCUCUACCAGGAACGGCAUCAGGUUCAGUUCUUUGGUCGAGGUAAUGUUGCGGGUAUUGACAUCAAGGCCCAGAAACGACAUCAGUCCAAGUUCUAUAGGGAGUUGCUGGAGCGACGGCGAACUGAGGCUGAGAAGGAGCAGGAGAAGGUGCGCCUAAAGAAGCUCAAGAAGAAAGAGGAGAAACAGAAGUGGGAUGACCGUCACUGGUCUGAGAAGCCUAAGGAUGAGAUGACGGAGAGAGACUGGCGAAUAUUUCGAGAGGAAUACCACAUCACCAUCAAGGGUGGUCGAAUCCCUGAUCCAAUCAGGAACUGGAAGCAGUCUGGAAUUCCUAAUGAGAUUCUGGAGAUUGUUGAGAAAGUUGGCUAUACUGAUCCCACUCCUAUCCAGCGACAGGCCAUUCCCAUUGGCCUGCAGAAUCGAGAUAUCAUUGGUGUGGCAGAAACAGGUUCUGGUAAGACACUGGCCUUCCUGAUUCCUCUGCUGACGUGGAUACAGUCUCUGCCCAAGAUUGAACGUAUUGAAGAUGCUGACCAGGGUCCAUACUCCAUAAUCUUGGCACCCACUCGAGAAUUGGCUCAGCAGAUUGAGGAGGAGACCAACAAGUUUGGACAACCGCUUGGAAUCAGGACAGUGGUUGUGGUGGGCGGAUUGUCCAGGGAGGAGCAGAGCUUCCGCCUCAGGAUGGGAUGUGAGAUUGUGAUAGCAACACCCGGGCGUCUGAUUGAUGUGCUUGAGAACAGGUAUCUGGUACUAAACCAGUGUACCUAUAUUGUGCUAGACGAGGCUGAUCGUAUGAUUGACAUGGGUUUUGAAGAAGAUGUGCAGAAAAUCCUAAACUACAUGCCAGUCACAAAUCUGAAGCCAGACACUGAGGAUGCAGAAGACGAGAUUGAACUGCUGGCCAAUUACAACUCAAAGAAAAAGUACAGACAGACAGUCAUGUUUACUGCCACAAUGCCCCCAGCAGUGGAGCGUUUGGCUCGUACAUACUUGCGUCACCCAGCCGUUCUCUAUAUUGGGUCUGCUGGCAAGCCAACAGAACGAGUAGAGCAGAUCGUGUACAUCCUGCCGGAGGCAGACAAGAGCCGCAAGUUGCUGGAGAUCCUUGGUCGUGGUGUCACACCUCCAGUCAUUAUCUUUGUAAAUCAGAGGAAAGGGGCAGAUGUGUUGGCAAGGACGUUAGGGAUGCGUGGUUAUGAUGCCUGCACACUGCAUGGUGGCAAGGGCCAAGAACAACGAGAAUACGCACUAGCAAGCCUCAAGUUGGGCACCAAAGGCAUCCUUGUGGCCACCAACGUGGCCGGUCGAGGUAUUGAUAUCAAGGACGUAUCCAUGGUCAUCAACUAUGACAUGGCUAAGAGCAUAGAAGAGUAUACACAUCGUAUUGGUCGAACGGGUCGUGCAGGAAAACAUGGUAUGGCAGUCUCAUUCUGCACCAAAGAUGAUUCUGAACUGUUCUAUGACUUGAAGCAUACGAUACUGUCUAGUCCAGUGUCGACUUGCCCUCCUGAACUACUGAACCAUCCAGAUGCCCAGCACAAGCCCGGCACUGUCGUAACAAAGAGACGUCGGGAGGAGAAAUUAUUUGCAUAAAGAGACCAGAGUGAAGCAAUCUGAGGAAGCAACAUUUGUAUGAACCUUCAUGUAAAAUCAUGAAAAGUUAAACAGUUCCAUCUAGUGUGACUGGUUGAUAAUCCCUUUUGGAAUCCAUACUGCUCUGAAAGUAAUAUUUUAUGUUUUACGAUAUGAUCGAAUCUUCUAAAAAUUGCUUUUUCAAAAACUUUUGCAAACCCAGUUACUAUAGAUAAUGGACUGUAGUUACUUAUAACAGCCUUUUCCGCUUUUUUGUAUACUUGCUUAAUAAUUGCAUAUUUUAAUCUUUCUGGAUAUAGACCCAUGGUUAAUGACUUAUUAAUUACAUAAGUUAGAGGCUUACUGAUUUGUUGUCUGCACAGUUUUAUAAUUUUAUUUGUUACACCAUCAUACCCUGAAGAUUUUUUUUUAUUUUAAUUUGCUAAUUAUACUAAUUAUUUCCUCUUGUGCAACUAAAUUAAGAUUCAUACCUGGAACAACAUUUGAGAAAUGGGAAUGCAAGUAUGACAUUGCAGUAUAAAUAUUAGUUUUCUUAAUAUUAAGAUUUUCUGUUAUUGUUGUGAAAUAUUUAUUAAAACUAUGAGCUGCUUGUUCAGUAUUUAUUUAUUAUUAUUUUGAAAAGUCUGUGGUACACAUUCUUUAUUCUGAUUGUUGGUCCUACCUGUUUGAGUGUUGAUAAUGUUCCAGGUAGUUUUUAUUUUGUUUUCAGCUGAUGUAAUUAACUGAUUAUAAUAUUUCCUUUUAGCUUCUCUUAUUACUCUUCUUAAUAGCAUGCAGUAGGAUUUAUAGUAUGAUUUAAACAAAUAGUUGCAACUGUUUUGACAGAGAAUGAAUAAGGAUUCCUUCUGUCUACAGGAUGUAUGUAUACCCGCUGUUAUCCAGCCAUUAUCCUUGAGUUAAUUUGUUACAUUUUGCUUUGGAAAGCAUGACUCAAAGACAAAUAAAUACUUAUUUAAAAAUGA